UCACUCAAAACUUUCCACCAAGAAAGCUACAGGGCAUUCAAAAAUGGCUCCCAUGGGAGACAAUGUUGUUGUUUCUAACGUAAACCUUGAGAAGCUUCUUAGCAUGAAAGGAGGCCAAGGUGAAGCCAGCUACGCCAAUAAUUCCCAAGCUCAGGCUUUACAUGCUCGUUCGAUGCUUCACCUUCUUGAAGAAGCCCUAGACAGUGUUCAUUUAAGCUCCCCAGAGGUACCCUUCGUGGUGGUCGAUUUGGGGUGUUCCUGCGGCAGCAACACCAUCUACAUCGUCGACGUCAUUAUCAAGCACAUGGUGAAGCGGUACGAGUCGUCGGGGUACGAACCGCCGGAAUUCUCUGCGUUUUUCUCCGAUCUUCCUAGCAAUGAUUUCAACACCCUUUUCCAACUCCUACCUCCGUUAGCAAAUAACGGCGGUAGUAGCAUGGAAGAGUGCUUAGCCUCGAAUGGACACCGCUCCUAUUUCGCUGCCGGAGUUCCUGGAUCCUUUUACCGACGCCUUUUUCCGGCUAGAUCCAUCGAUGUCUUCCAUUCCGCGUUUUCAUUGCACUGGCUAUCACAGAUGCCUGAAAGUGUGUUAGACAGAAGAUCAACGGCUUACAACAAAGGGAGGGUGUUCAUCCACGGUGCAAGCGACAGCUCAGCCAAUGCUUACAAGAAACAGUUCCAGACAGACCUGGCUAAGUUCCUGAGGGCAAGAUCCAUAGAGAUGAAGAGGGGUGGGUCCAUGUUCCUUGUCUGCUUAGGCAGGACUUCCGUGGACCCCACAGACCAAGGUGGGGCCGGUCUCCUCUUUGGGACCCACUUUCAGGAUGCUUGGGAUGAUCUUGUCCAAGAGGGUCUUAUAAGUGCCGAGAAGCGUGACAAUUUCAACAUCCCAGUGUAUGCCCCAAGCCUACAAGACUUCAAGGAAGUGGUUGAAGCUGAUGGUUCAUUCACCAUAAACAAGCUUGAGGUAUUCAAAGGAGGCAGCCCUUUGGUCGUUAGCCGGCCAGAUGAUGCAUCGGAGGUAGGUCGAGCGCUAGCCAACAGCUGCCGGACUGUUUCCGGGGUGCUAGUCGAUGCUCACAUCGGGGACAAGCUCAGCGAGGAGCUGUUCUUACGGGUGGAAAGCCGAGGCACGAGCCAUGCUAAGGAGUUGCUAGAACAGUUGCAAUUCUUUCACAUUGUUGCGUCUCUUUCUUUUGCUUAAAGUAAAAAGAAAAAAUGAAAAAGGCUUUCAUAUCCUUUUUUCCCCUUUCCCUUUUGUGUGUUAUUUCAUUUCCCAUUGUAAUGAAAAGGAAUAUAGUAUUAACUAAUUCACACACAAAAGAGAGAGGGGAAAGGGUUUCUUUUGUUUUUUCUUUCUUGUUAACUUUGUUUUGCGUGUUUUUUUUGUGUGUGAUUACAGUUAAUAAAUAUUAAUUAUCUAUGUUCCCUUGAA